AUGCACUUCUUUUCCGUUCUCUCGGUGGCUCUGGCCCCGGCCCUCGUUGCUGCGCAAGUGAAGGGAACAGCUUACGGUUUCGCCAAGGGCGUUACCGGCGGAGGCACUGCUACUCCCGCCGCCCCCAAGGACAUCAAAGAGCUUGCCACGUGGCUCUCUGACAGCACUCCUCGCGUCAUUCUCAUCGACAAGACUUUCAACUUUGUCGGAUCGGAAGGUUCCGCUACUGAGGCAGGAUGCACCAAGAAGACCUGCACCAUGGCUCAGGGUGGCCAGGACUACAUUGGCUCGCUCAGCUGUGGCGGCAGUGACAUGGUCGCGGCCCAAAUCACGUACGACAAGGCCGGCGCGACUAACCUGCCCGUCGGCAGCAACAAGUCAAUUGUGGGAGUUGGCAGCAAGGGUGUCAUCCAGGGCAAGGGCCUCAAACUGCCCAAGACGUCCAAGAACGUCAUCAUCCAGAACGUCCACAUCACCAACCUCAACCCCAAGAGCGUCUGGGGUGGCGAUGCCCUUCAGCUCGAGGGCAAUGACGGCGUCUGGGUUGAUCACUGCAAGUUCAGCAAGGUCGGCCGCAUGUUUGUUGUUUCCCACUACGACGCCAACCGCCUAACCAUCUCCAACUCCGAAUUCGACGGCACGACUACGACCUCCGCGACUUGCAACAACAACCACUACUGGACUGUUAUGUUCAUCGGCAAGGGCGACCAGGUCACUCUUGAUCGCAACUACUGGCACACUCUCUCCGGCCGCGCCCCGAAGCUGGGCCAGGACGGCGUGACUACCACCGUUCAGGCCACCAACAACCUCUUCUCCAACAUGAAGGGCCACGCUUUUGACAUCUACUCCGGCACGUCCGCCUUGAUCGAGGGCAACGUCUUUGAGAACGUCAACCAACCGAUGACCGCCCAGGCGGAGAAGGUCAACACCGUCUUCAACGCCCCCGACGCUGCCUCGCUGGCCGCCUGCUCCAGCAGCCUCGGCCGCAGCUGUGUUGCUAACAGCCUCUCUGGAAGCGGCAAGUUCGCCAGCAUGAAGAACACGGCUGGCCUGGCCGCCCUUGCUAAGGUCAAGGCGUCCCUGGUCAAGCCCAUCCAGGCAAGCAAUGUCAAGAGCACAGUCUCUGGAAGCGCCGGUAUUGGAAAGAUCUAG